AAACAGCGUCUCUUCCUCUUCCGCAACAAUGGCGCCCACCAUCUUCAUCGCGGUUCAGUGCUUCCAAUGCUCCACUAUGCAGGUGAAGCAGAAGAAGAAGAGCAGCAAUAAAUGGAGCUGCGCUGUGUGCAAUCAGAAACAGUCCGUGACCAAAGUCUUCGCUCAGGGAUUCAUGGCCAAAGACAUCCGUGCCUUCGUCCAGUCCUUCAAUAUGUCUCGUAAAUCCCUCGAUGAACAGUCUCUCUUUUCCGGAGCUCUAUCUCCCGCUCUGGAUGAGCAGAUCAUAAACCGUGACGACGAUAAGUUCAACCUCUCCAUGAAUCAGAGGAACAAGCGAAGCGAUUGGACCGAGUACCUAGAUCCAGAGGAUAAUCACAUCCAAGGGCGACAAGAAACGGAACAGGAUGGUGAUGGUUUUGAGGUGAAGGUUGUGACGGAAUUGGAGAGGAGCAUGUUCAAGAAGCCUAGAUUGCAAAAUUACUCCCCUGGGUUGGCUGGUGAAGAUAGUGACAAGCUUUGCAAGCCUCGUUUCCCAAGGAGGAAUGCCAACAAAAAGAUCGUUUCGCAAGAGGAGAGAGUGAAGGGUGAGAACAAUUACAAGGAACCAGAUGAUCAGAGAUCUCAGAAAUGUCAACCAACAAUCAGCAAAGCAACCUCCAAAUGGAAGGAUUACAUGACUGAGGAAGAUGACAGCCUCCAACUUGGAUGGAAGAGAGCUUCCAGAGACCAUGCAGAUCAAGGGAACAACAGUGUGUUAGAGGCCAUGACUAAUGAGGAAACGGUAGACGAAGAUAUCCACCCAGACUUCAUGUGAAUUAUAUUCCUAUCUUAACCUGAAUGGCAUUUUUAUGGAAGGAGGAUGACAGGGAGUUUCAGUUUUGCUUUUGAUACUUGGAGGACUCCCAGCUACAGAAACUGUUUGAAUGCUUCUCCUUCUCUUUGGAAGACCCAAGACACUUCUCUCUUUCGGUGUAUUUGUCAUGUUAAGUGAUCAGAACUCAAAUUGGUGCUUCGGUUUCGCGUGAACAACUCAAUCUGACAACCGGAUUUGAGGUAUGCUUCGAAAACUUUUAUCCAAAUAAACCAAGGA